CAUAUAUUUAUCUAAAUACGUUGUGUAUACAAACACAUAGUAACGCGAGUGAAUGACAAAGCUUUCACUUAAGAUGGCUUCAACUUACAAUUCGUUUGGCGCUUCUUUUACCGAUCAGCGGCUGCAUUUUUAAGCACGUGGGUAACUAAUUCACUGACUUCAGUGAAGGCUUGUGUCGUGAUAUUGCAAUGAUGGCAACAGAUUCUGAGAAAGCAGUUCUUCUUGGGCAACUUGUGAAGAAAAGGCUUAAAAUCAGGCUUACAACAGGCUGCUAUUACAAAGGAGUUCUACAGAAUGUUAGUACUAAUAGGAGCAUCGUGUUGGACCAAGUUGAAGAUGUAGAGCAUGCGAGGAAGCUGCGUGGCAUUAAAGUGUUUUAUGGACAUGAAAUCACUGAUGUUGAACUUUUAGAUGACUUGAAUCAGAAUGGGUCAAGAGAGACUGAAACAAAUUUAAAAAGUGGACAUACUUUGGAGACUCAGCCAAACAAAACUGACAUCCAGCCGGAGAAAAAUAUUUACCUGUCAUCUGAUAAACAUUUCACUGAAGAUAGUGAUCAGUAUGUGGAAUACCUUGUCAUUGAUCAGUUUGAACAAAAAUUUGGUCCAGCGAUUAUGCAUAUUAAAAAGCAAAGUGUUGUUGGGGUUGGUGCAGCUGGAAUGAAUAUUUGUCGCCAUGGAAAACUCUGCUGGCUGCAGAUAGCAACCAAGUGUCAGGUUUAUCUAUUUGACAUUUUGCAGCUGGGAAUGAGAGCAUUUAGAAAUGGAUUAAAAUUGAUUUUGGAGAACAGGAGUAUUCUGAAGGUGAUACAUGACUGUCGCUGUAUGUCAGACUGCCUGUUCCAUCAGUAUGGUGUGAGUUUGAAUAAUGUUUUUGAUACACAGGUUGCAGAUGUAUUCCUGUUUUACAUGGUAACUACAGGAGGUUUCCUUCCUCGUUACGUUAGCACAUUGGAGGAUGCCUUGAUAGGUCAUCUCGAGAUGCCCACUUCAUGGAUUUCCUUUCUUCAGCUUAAAAAACAGGCAGUUAAGGAGAACCCUAAUCUUUGGUUCACCCGCCCUCUUCCUCCUGUCUGGCUUCGAACACUGGCACUGGAAGUCGUUUACCUCCCACUACUUCGACUUGCUCUGAUGGAUAAGCUUAUGUCAGACUUCACAAGCUUAGUGGAUGUGUAUCUCUCUGUAUAUAGGGAUGGGCAUGCUGAUGACUUGGGAAGCACUGAGCUUGCAGAUGUGGAGAUCAUAGAAGGACUUAAACAUUUUCGAGAUGUCAUGCAGCAUCGCAGAGAAAAAGCAACAACACACUGUAAUGUGGAUGAAGAUGGCUUUUUAGUCCCAGAAAACCUUGAUUGCAAGAAAAAAGCUGCAGUUCCAAGAGCUGUAAUGAGAGUUGGCAAGACUGGGCAGUUGCAAAAGUUGUUAGAGAAGAUGCCAGAUUUGGAAGUGACUACUUCUGAAAAAUUAAACCAGAAUAAGUGGUCUUUGGAACAGACUAAUGAUAUUAAGAGCUUGUACAUCACUCGUGAAUCUGUGAGAAAUAAAAUUCAAAGCAAAUUUACAAAUGAUGCAAAUAGAUGCACUGUAAAGCCUUUAGACCAAGCAGCUAGUCAUAAUGCUCAUAGCUUAGAAGAAAAUUGCACAAAAUUUGAUAUGGAAGUCACAGAGGCUGACUGGGAGGAGAGUAAAGAGGAGGCUGUUCCUCCUUUGAACAAAGUAAUUCAGUGUGUGGCUGUCACGGAAGAACAGUCUUCAGAAUUGUUUAACCAGUUUAAAAAAAAUACAUCAAUUUCUGACCAGCCCUUACCAUGGGAUCCAUUUUGUUUUCUAAAAAAACCUGCCCACUGUUGUCAGAAGGAGACCUCCAUUCUUGGCUCAAAGCCCAAGAGUGGAAGAAGCCAGAUUUCAUCCCUUGUUGCCAGUUUGCUGGAUGAAGAUCCUUCAGUCUGUGAAAGUGAGGGAUAGACUUUUGUUCCAUUGCCUUCUUCAAAGAAAAAUUAAUAUUUUCAUGUUGCACAUUUGCGUCCUCUGCUAAUCUUAUUGUCUGUAGAGCAGAAACUGUAGCCUGUAGAGUAGUCAAUGAGGACUGACCCUGAGGUGUCCUCUGUCUGUAUUCAUCCUUUUUACCAAUCACAGUUGAGCAAUUUUUAUUUGGAAGCUUUUGCAUUUGAUGCUGAUAGACGCAGUAAUGCCAUGCAUUGAAUAUAUUUAGUCCCCAAUUCCAGAACCUUUUAGUUCAUAUUUUACUCCUCAUCAACUUCUCCUGAUGUAAGUUAUGAGGAGUCUUGCUUUCAUUUGUAAAGAUUCCCAAGGCUUCCCACCCCAAGCCUGACAGUAUCUGUCGGACCUAAAUUUUAGCUGAGGGCCUAAAAUCAAGCAGAUUAUCUGUUGAGAUCUUGAUGUAAGGGUGAAGGGCUGCAUUAGAAAGUAAAGCCUUAAUGAACAAAGAAGCCAGCACUGGGCUGAGCUCUAGCAUUACACCCCGUCCAGCAAGCUCAUAUUUUGAAUUUACAUUGUCUACCACCCAGAAUGCAUUAGUCAUGUACUCAGCCUAGCACAAGACUUUAUCUGAGCCCGUACGUUACAGGUAAUGGGGGUCUAGGGACUCCAUUCCUUUCAGGCUACUUAGAGGUGUUUGAAGUUGAGGAGGCGAUAGAAAAGGACAGUGAGUACUUUCCGCCAGUCCUUUGGUAAGACUGUGACACUUAUUCAACACAGAUUGGUGUUGAAUAUUUAUUCCUUUCCUCAGAAAUGCCUAGCUCUGUAUACAAGGAAUGAGGCAGAGAAGCUCUAGGUUAUCCUUGCAUUGAAGUGCACACUGACUCUGCUCCUGUGUCUACCAAAAAGACAGAUGCACUGUUGAAGGCCAGGCUGAACGGAGAUGGUCCCUCACAAAGCAUCCUUGUGCUAACUGCGCUGUGAUUAGUCAGUCCUGCUAAAGUCUCCAGAGACCAAAACAUUGUUCUGCCACUGGACAAGGAGACAAGAGUUCUGGAUGAUCAUAGUAAGGGAAAAGAGCAUUCCGCCACAACACAUUUUGAGUCCAGAGCCCUCAAAUGCUCAUCUCAUGUGUCUGGAUUAUGCUUCUCCUUAAUGGGAUGGGUGCUGGAGAAACUGGAAGAACUUGAUUAUUUUCUCAGGAUGAAUGUAAUUCAGAUUUUAUUUGCAGCCUCAGAAGCAAGCUUCCAUACAGCAUGCUGUUGUUUUGAAUGUUAGGAUGCUGUGAUGAGGGCUGUAGGCUUGGGGAUGUGCCUAGGCAGGAGGUCGGCUUUGCUGUCAUUAUCCUCCCUCAAUGAAAAACUUGGGAACAGUUUUCUGGAUGCUGAAUUCAAUAGGAGAGUUCUUGUAGGCUAGACAUACUAAUAUUUGGUUGACAGUGCUUUGGAGCACCUUUAUGGCUGUCCUCUACCAAUUUCUGUACCAAGUCUAUUAAGCCCCAAAAGAUGACGAUAUCUGCUUACCUCCCAAGAUAAUCUCUUAAGCAUCACAAAGUCCUUUUGUGCCAGCCAAGUUGCCCAAGAUGAUUACAUAAGCUCUUUCCUCACUAGUGCUUACUACAGUCAUCUACUUCCUCUUUUGGGGGUCUCUGAGAUUCGCCAAGCUUGGAAAACCAUUACUAAAGACCAGUGGUUUCUGUAUAUGGUCACUUUUGAUUUUGGAGCUCAAAGGCUAUCCCCAUAGGGGUGGUCUAGGUAAAACUUGGCUGAAAGUCCAGUCCUUCUCAGCAGAGCUGUUGUGACAAGCUAGACUGUAUUCCUCAAAAGAGCUGUAGAGGCUGCCUUGUAUUCUGGGCAGAAUUAGAGUUUAGUACCACCUUUUCUUUGUCCUGAAAGAGACCAUGGUUUUACUCCCAUUCUUGUCUUUGGCAUCUUCAGCCAGCACACCUGGUAUGUGAUUUCAGAAUAAUAGCAGUUCAGGAAGUUGCAUCUGUAUACUAUAGGUUGGCUUGGAUAGUGUUGCUGGAAAUUACCUUUCUUUGGCAUGUUGCCAUAUGGGGAGGUCCAUUCAGCAGGAUUUUUGGAUUUCUCUGUGAAUAAUCAGUACAUGAUCAUUCCUAAAUCAAAUUGCAACUGAUCAUCAACCCAACUUCCCUAAAAUCACCCACAGUCUUAGAAGGGCAAGUAUUUUUGCAUGGGGAGAAGACACCUGAUAGCUUCAUUACCUACACUGCCACCCCCAUCAUUUCUUAUGUGUAGCAUGUUCACAGUUGCACAACAGUUGGGAAGGAAAAACAAUCUAGUUGUAGCUCUUGAGAUUCCCUAUAGAUCAGGCAGGCAUAUACUUGCAUAUUGUCUUGUUAGCAGUGUAGGGGUAAAAUGUUCAGUUUUUGAUCUGCUUGAAAGUGCUCACUAGUGAUUGGGAGUAAAUUUGCAAGCUCUGAGGUUAGUUGUACUUGUCUCAUCACUGUGAGAUAUUAUUGCUUGCAUGAACACUGAACACAUACCACAAGCAUGAGAUGUUCCAAAGUAAGCUACAGAAUAGUGGAAAGGAUGAACCCAACUAUAGGACACUUCGGGGGGAUCUUCUAGAUCACCCUCCAUGGAUGGUAAAAGAAAAUACAUAUAUAGAUAGGUAUAGAUAGAGAGGUGUGUGUUUGUGUAAACAAUUUCAAUAUUUUUUCCAGUAGCCAUGAUCUGUUUUUUUUUUUUUUUUCCUAUUGUCAAGUGCCACAUAAUAUAGUACUGGUGGAGUUCAGUCUGUGUGCCAUUGCUACAUGUAAUAUACAAAUGCA